AUGUCGUUUUAUCAAAAAACUGGUAAAGAAGCGGAAGGAUUGAAUCACAGGAAGACUUGGGAUAAGACAGAGUAUGAAAUAAAGGCCAACGAACGUGCUCAACGUGAAAAGGCCGAAGCUGAAGCGUCGAAGAAGGGGAAGAAGAUCAAGGUGUUGUUACCCGAUGGAUCUAAACCUCCACCGCCUAAAAAGCUGUUGGAAGCUAGAAAAGAAUCGGUAAGAGAUUUUUAGUGCAUUGUUCUUGGUUUAGGUGGCUGUUUUUGAGGAGUUUGGAUUAUAUUGAGGUAGACUGGCUAUUGCUGGCCAAUUUUUAUUCUUUUGGGCCUGGAUCUAGAAGUCUUAUUGUCUUCAAGGCUUGAAAACAAUAUAUUAAGCAUACUUUUUUAAAACUUAUAGUCUUUGUAGCAGUAUAUGGACAGCGUUAACCGGUUUCUAAUUUUACCUUAUUUUAGGUGGAUCUCGACAAAGUAGUAGGCAAACAACAAGUUAUAAACAAGACUUCAACUACGGAGAAUACUGGCGGAUUUUACUGUGAUGUUUGUGAUUGUAUCAUGAAGGAUUCGGUUAAUUAUUUGGAUCAUAUCAAUGGCAAGAAUCAUCAGAGGAAUAUGGGCUUUAGUAUGAAGGUCAAAAGAAGCACAGUAGAUGAUAUUAGGGAGAGAUUGAAUAAGAGAAAACAUGCUGGUAAGAACUUUCUUUACAAGAUAUUUUAUGGCGAAUUGCAAGGACUUUCUUUAUAAAACUGAUUUAUUGAAAAACCGCAAGAAUUUUGUUUAAAAAACUCGUUUUUCGCAAAACCGCAAGAACUUUUUUUACAAAACUCAUUUUUCGAAAAACCGCAAGAAAUUUUUUUACAAAAUCUGUCGUUUUUACAUCGUCACCUUUCUAUAACAACAUAUUAUCCAUAAUAAACUUACAGAAGCCUCAGAAAAACGAAAAGCCGAACACAACGCAGAAGAAGAUGUUCAAGAAGAAGAAGCCAAGCUGGCUGAUAUGAAACGACAAAGAAAAGAACAAAAAGGCAAAAAGAAGGCCAGAGUCGAUGAAGAGGAGGAAGAGCCGGGCGUCGACGAUGAACUCAUGAAGAUGAUGGGUAUUGGCGGGUUUGGUGGAUCCAAAAAGAACAAUUAA